GAGGAUUUUCUGGAAGCGGGGGUUGAAAGAGGAGUUGUUCAGACAGUUCUACAGUGAAAGAAGGCCAAUGUUUUGAUCAUUUUUUUGGAGGAGGGGCGGAUCACCUUUUUGUUCAUGUGUGUGUUAGCUCCGAGAAAGAAGAGAUGUUUUUGUAACAAGAAGCAGCAACCUUUUCAUCGGGUGGAAGACGAAACAGUGGAAAAGAACUGUGUACCAUGUGUUAAUAUAUUGAAGAGUGAGAAUUCUUGGAUUUAGUGUGUUUUUGGAUUGUAAAAAGGGAAAGAAAAGGAGAGAGUGAAAAUGGGGAGGAAGAAAAUACAAAUCACAAGAAUAAUGGACGAACGGAACAGACAGGUGACCUUUACGAAGAGGAAAUUUGGAUUAAUGAAGAAGGCAUACGAACUUAGUGUGCUCUGUGACUGUGAAAUAGCACUCAUCAUUUUUAACAGCUCUAACAAACUCUUUCAGUAUGCCAGCACUGAUAUGGACAAAGUUCUACUCAAAUACACAGAAUACAAUGAACCCCAUGAGAGCAGAACCAACUCGGAUAUCGUUGAGACUUUAAGAAAAAAAGGCCUUAAUGGUUGUGAAAGCCCUGAUGCUGACGAUUACUUUGAGCACAGUCCACUAUCGGAGGACAGAUACAGCAAACUAAAUGAAGAUAGUGAUUUUAUUUUCAAGCGAGGCCCUGCUCUGAACAAGAAGGAACACAGAGGGUGUGACAGCCCGGACCCUGACACUUCAUAUGUGCUCACGCCACAUACAGAAGAAAAAUAUAAAAAAAUUAAUGAAGAGUUUGAUAAUAUGAUGCGGAAUCAUAAAGUCGCACCUGGCUUGCCUCCCCAGAACUUUUCAAUGUCUGUUACGGUUCCAGUGUCCAACCCCAAUACUUUAACCUACAGUAACCCAGGGAGUUCCCUUGUAUCCCCAUCACUGGCAGCCAGUUCAUCAUUAACAGACACGACCAUGCUCUCCCCACCUCAGGCCACGUUACAUCGAAAUGUAUCACCCGGAGCCCCUCAGAGACCGCCAAGUACUGGCAAUGCAGGUGGUAUUUUGGGUACGGCAGAUCUCACAGUGCCAAAUGGAGCUGGUACCAGUCCAGUGGGAAAUGGAUUUAUUAACUCUCGAGCUUCACCAAGCCUGCUAGGAACUACUGGUGGUGGGAAUGGAUUAGGCAAAGUUAUGCCUACAAAGUCUCCGCCUCCACCCGGAGGAGGUAAUCUUGGAAUGAACAAUCGCAAACCAGACCUUCGUGUUGUCAUCCCACCUUCCAGCAAGGGCAUGAUGCCUCCAUUGAAUACCCAAAGGAUAAGCAGUUCUCAGUCUACCCAGCCUCUUGCUACCCCUGUGGUGUCUGUGACAACUCCAAGCUUGCCUCCUCAGGGACUGGUGUACUCAGCCAUGCCUACAGCCUACAACACUGAUUACUCCUUGACUAGUGCAGACCUGUCUGCCCUGCAGGGCUUUAACUCCCCAGGAAUGCUGUCUUUAGGACAGGUAUCUGCCUGGCAACAGCACCAUCUAGGGCAAGCAGCCCUUAGCUCUCUUGUUGCUGGAGGCCAGUUAUCUCAGGGUUCAAAUUUAUCCAUUAAUACCAACCAAAACAUCAACAUAAAAUCCGAACCAAUUUCACCUCCACGGGACCGUGUGACUCCAUCUGGGUUUCCUCCGCAGCAGCAGUCCCGGCAGGAAAUGGGCCGUUCCCCUGUUGACAGUCUCAGUAGUUCCAGCAGUUCUUAUGAUGGCAGUGAUCGGGAGGACCCAAGAAAUGAUUUCCAUUCACCUGUUGGGUUGGGAAGACCACCAAAUACAGAAGAUAGAGAGAGCCCAUCAGUGAAGCGAAUGAGGGUGGACACGUGGGCAACAUAAACUUUCAGCAUUGCCACUUCUGUUUUGUGUUAUCACAGUGAACUGUCCUGACAUAUCUAAAUCUAUAAAUAAGGACAUGAAAUAAAUAUAUUUAUAUGUAUAUACAUACAUGCAUAUAUAUAUAUCUUCACAUGUGUAUAUAUAUAUAUGUGCGAGUGUAUGUAGCAUAUACAAAAUCAUCAGGCACUUACUACAAACUCCUUGUAUAGCUGCAGUUGUCCCAUGGUAAAAAUAUAACAAAACAAUCCUAUAGGUAUUGGUCUAGUCUGGCACUUACCUGGACAUGCUGUUCUAAUAAUAUAACCUGUUCUACAAAGAAACAUUGUACCCAUCUAUAAUCCUGCCACACUAGAUUGGAGAAACCAAGAGGGCUCCCCUGUAGUAAUGUCCCCAUGUGUUUUAUUAAAGCCGUAUGGUUACUUGUAGUUAAGAAACAAUGCUUUGUAGCAGCAGAGCAGUAGAAAAGCAGGAAAAAGAAAGCAAUACUGUACAUAAAAUGUCCUUUAUAUUACCCAACCUGGCAUGGGUCUCUGUUGCAGAGAGUGCAUGGCGAAGGGCUGAAGGUAUAAAAACCUGUUUUGCACGUGCAAAAAAAAUGUAUUGGGUCAAAGAAGUGGUUCUUAAUUAAAAAAAAAAAAAAGUGAGAGAGAGAGGAGACAUAGAGAACUCGCAUGAAAUAUUCAGAAAAUAGCCUAGAAAAUAGAGCAUUAACAAAAUAAAAGUAAUAUAUUAAGUUAUAAUUGGAAUAUGUUUGAAAAGUUUCUUUUUACGUUCUAUCUUUGAAAAAUAUAGAAAGAAACGGAUUAGCUCAUGUAUAUUUUAUAUUAAAGAAAACAAUACCCGUAUGAAUUGAAGACUAUAUAUAAAAGUUAUAUACAGUACUUUUGGACACAUUCUGCUAUGAAUUAUUUAUAUAAGCCAAAGCUGUAUGAUGUAGCUUUUUGUAGAGUAUAGUUUUAUCUUGUUAUUUUGACUUUCUAGUUUUUUGCUUUCAGAAGAGGGGAAAAAAAAAACUUGCAGGCAGAACGUUGGGGGAAAAAUAAGCCAUGAACACUUAUUAUUCUAUAUGUAAAUUAAAAUUUGAGCCAAACUCUUUGUGUAUAUAGCAUCUUAAAUAUACCACCUUUGGUGUAAGUACCUACGUAUUGUACGUUCACCAGAUUACAAAGUAUAUUUUUGUGGAUUGACGCCAACUUGAAAAAAGGCGAGGUCCUUAUUAAGUAGAGUAUUCACUGUUUAAUAUUUACUAUUUUGUUAAAUAUACUGUACUUUCUUUGGAUUUUAAUUAUUAUUAAUAUUAUUAUCCAGAUUUUUCAGAGGAUGUAUAAAGGGGUUGUCCCCUUCACUGGUGGUGAAUGUGUGCCGUUAAAAUGUAAUCUCUGUGCUGUAUGGUUAAGCUUCAUUAUACAUUUUAUAUAUAUGUAUAUAAAUAGCAAAGUGGCAAAAAAAAAAACCCAACAAAAAUCCGGUGUUAAGUUCAUCCCACAUAAAUAUUAAAAAUCUGUUAAAACACAUUUUAAGGCAUUAUUUUAAAACUGCCUCUUGUGAGAAAAUAUUCAGUGGAAAAACUUGACCUAAUUACUUAUGUUAGGGAAAUAACACGUAUCAGAUGAGCACAAAAGGUUUUGUAAGUGGUAAGUGGUUUGGGACAAAACAUUUGCUUUGGAAAUAAAUCCUCUCAUGUCUCCUUCUAACAUUCAAAAAAAUUGAGCAAGAAAUCCAAAUGCCCAACAUGCUAUGUAUCUGGUUAGUAGAAUUGCAGGAUCAGAACUUUAGCUUUCUCAUGCAAGGAGGCUCACUAAUGCAAGAGUAAGGGUUUGCAAGAUCUGGCUCCAAUACAGCAGCAAAUUCUCCCAUCAUUCAGGGAUGUUAGGAGUACCAUAAUCUCUGCUUUUAAACUGAUAUUGCUAUUACUAAUCUAUUGAACUUUGGCAAAGAUUUACUUAAAACUGGAUCUGUACAGAGUAAGUCGCUAAUGGGGGGCCAAAAAUCUGACACAAUUCGCUCUGCUUUAGUAAGUAUGUGCUUAACUUAUGUUUUGAGUUAAAACUCUGUGUGCUUUCAAAUCCCUACUACUUCUCUUGUCAUCCUUGUGCCUAAUUAUGCUAUAUUAUUAUAUCCCUCCUCACUACAAACAAAAUAAAAUGUAGACUUUUAAGAAACAUAAAUCUAACUACUAGCCACUCUAAUUUUGGGAAAAAUUGAAGUUGUUUUAUGUGUCACACAAAACUCUUUGAAGUUAAUUCUAUAUAUUUAUUGAAACAUUUUUCUCUUGGGCAUUCAACACUUUUUAAGGAAAUUUUCUAGUAAUGUCACUCAGUUGAUGCUAUAAUUAAAAAAAACAUGAGGUAGAAAUGGAAAUCCAGUGUGUACAGCCAUCUCCUUGACAUCUGCUUGUACACGGAAUGAUCCAAGAACAAAUGUACUACAGGUGGAUUUCAAGACUAAAUCUGUUGUGUUAUCAGUGUAACUUAAAAUUACAGAACUUUUUAAAACAUUUGAGGCAAACUUUGACUUCCUUUCAAACUAAUCUACAUUUAGUAAAUUGAAACUAGAGUAGUCACUGCAACAGAAGAGCCUACAGAGGAUUUCAAUUUUCAAAUGAAAACUGCAUUUCCAAAGUAUUUUAGUUCCCUUACCGUUUCAUGGAACCUUUAAUGCUUUGAAAAGUUAUGUGCUUUUUUUUGUUAUUUAUGCACGUAUAUGAACUUUGCUGUACAUUUGAGUGGGAGUUCUGCAUUCACAUUUACUGUCUAUUUUCUUGUGUGCCUUAUGAGAUGGCUUUGCUGACUGUAUGUCAAAUAGUCUUUAUUUCUAUGCAGGUUUGUAAGCAGUACUAUUACUGUUUUCUAAAACAAUGUUACAUAAGGUUUGGAGUUUGUAUUUAAAUCACACCAACUGACUAAUGUAAAACUUGUGCAAUUCUUAGGAAUUGAGGAUCAGACUGUUAACCUGUUGCCCAUAGCCCUGUAAUGGAAUCCAGUAGAUAAGCCUCUGCAACAACAUCCCGUCUAUCUGUGGAAGAACUCCACACCAUGAAAAUCAUAGGGGAACUCAGAUUUUUAAUAACACUAAUCGUGUAAGUUUGGAACAUACUUUUUUUUUUUUUUUUUUUUUAGGAGAUGUAAAAGUGUUUUGUAGAAGAAAGGACACAGCACAGGAGAACAUUUCAGCAAUUAAAAAAAUCAAUAUAGCAUUUUUUAUUAAGUAAAUUUAAUAAAUGCAGUUCAAGGUAGGGUUGCAGAUAGAUCAAAUCUAGUGUGAACCUACUUGGCUGGUAUUGAUUCACGAGAGUUGUACCUGCUAAAAUGACAAAUCAUCUUUGAGCUCUAACUAAUAGUAUUUAAAUAUAUAUAUAUAUAAAAUCAGGGGUUUGUUGGAGAAAAGUGCUUUAGCAUUUCCUUUUAUUGUAAAGGACACUAAUGCAUCAAAAACUUUUCUGAAUUAUUAUGCGCACAAGAAAUAUAUAGUAAAUAAGGAACAUAAUAACUCCUAGCAGUUGAUCGUGGGAAGAAGUUAAAUUAGAAUGUGAAAGAAAGACUUAUAAAUGUAAACAGUUACUUCUUAGUAGAAACUUUCUUCACUUUGCUGUGCAAGAGAACACUGCUUUGCUAUAUUUAAAAUGGCUUUUUUAAAAGAGAUUUAUGUAUUUGGUAAAUGUUUGUAGUCAACAGUUCACACAAGAAGCUGUUCACGGUUUAAUGAUGAUAAGCCGUUUGGCGGCACAAGCUGGACUUUGUUGCCAUCCUUGAGACGAAUCUUUUAAGAAAAAAAUAAGUUAAUCUCAAUUUUUCCCAGAAUGUGUUGUUUUUCUUCAUUAUACAAUAAAUAUUCUAGUGAACUUUUUAUCAAAUGGUUAAGAAAAUGCUAGAAGUUGUUGUAAAAUAUUUGUAUCCUGCAUUCACUAAAGUAAAAAUACUGGCUUUUACUGUGUA